AUGAUUGAUCAUCACAGUUAUAUACACAACUUAGGCAGUUGUGAAAUUAAAACCUUCACUUGUAUUCUUUACUGGGUUUAUCCAGUCGCAUUAGUCAGACAAUUUGAUACGAUACUGUCCAAACCUCAACCAUUUGCUAACUUAGUAAGCAUUUGAGUCUCCGACAAUCUUCCUUUCAUGUACAUUGAAGUUGAUUUUGCUGGACCAUUUUAUGCGAAGGAAAACAUCAACAACACGCCAGGCUGACAGGCUCAGGAAUAUGGCCAUUUCAAGCAGCGGCUUUUAUAUCCAAGAUGGCGUCGGGCGCCAUUUUUAAUUUUUACAAAUUUAUUUAGAUUUUAGGGUUCUCUUUGAAUUGUGGGAUAUCUGUGGGGUCUGUGAACGAAAGCGGAGGCCAUUUUGGAAGAGUGAAAAUGGAUCUUUCUGUAGCGAUGUUUUUGAGAAGAAUAUGCUUCUGUAAAUUGGUACCGCGCGAGCUGAAAGCUGGAAUCUGGCCCUGUUGACCAGUGUUGAAGCAGAACCAGGUUCAUCCCUAGCUGGAUUAGUACAACUGGGAGAGAGCGUUGCUCGUUGCUUUUGAAAAUGCCAAGGAAGGGUAGGAAGAGAGCAAGAAGCUCCAAGACAAUAGCAAAGGAAAAGUUUCCAAUCAGGGAACUUGCCCGUAGGCAGAAAGUACUCAAAGAGGAAUUUAUUUCAAACUGCAAAGUCUACUUGACAGAAAGUUCAAAGCUGAAAAAGCUGAAAAGAAAGGCAAGGAAAAGUAAAUUUGCUCAUAUGUAUUAUGGUGAUAAAUAACGACUGAUUUUUGCGCAUUUGUUUGAUAAAUGGUGACGGUGUUGAUUUAAUUUAUAUAGGUGUUUAUUAUUUUUUACUGAAGAUAUUAAAUUGGGAACUGUAAAAAUAAACAACAAAAGUUGUGAUCCAAAAUGUGCCUCAGCUUUACUGAAUUCAGUAUCUUUUGUGUUUUUUUCUCAAGAUGCAAAUUGUUUAAAUUUCAGCACAGUCUCAUACAUUGAUGCAUGAAUUUUCUGACUCAAGUUCUUUUCAGGAUUUUGCUAUUCUAUUUAUCUUACAGUAGAAAAUCUAGGACUGUGGAUUAAUUUUAACUAUCCGGCAAAUCUUUCAUAGGUUGAAAGAAUCCAGAAUGAUGUGGAGUUAGUAAAAAAAAGAGUAAUCGAGACUGACAUCGUAAGAAAAAGAAAACUUCUGAAAAGUUGAAGGUUUCCAACCUCCAUAUCAGAAGCCAGCUCCGAAGAAUAUGCAGUUCCUUUUGCAAAAAGGACUUGUCAAAGGCGUACAAGGGAGACCAUCGAUGCCUGUAAUAAAAUCCAUGAUGGUACCAGGAAGAAUAAAAGUCCAAGACUGGAUGCUUUGUGGUUGACUUUAGUUAAGGAAGCCACACCGUUUCAGUUGGGAAAAUACUUUUCCUUAUCUAAGAAAGUAAUGAAGAAAGUUUUACCUAAGGUAGUAAAAGAAAGUAUUCCAACUUUUGAGAAUAGCUUUGACAAUAAAAUUAGAAGCUAAAGAGUAUUGUACAGCAAGGGGUUGGUGAUAAGUUAAUAAAGAUGCUGAAUUGUUGAGUAAGGAGAAAUAUAAAAGUAUUAGGCUCAAUCUUUCCAUGAAUACUCGCAAAAGUGGCAAGAAACUGGAAAGCUUAAAGUUCAUGUCAAGUGUUCGCUUGCCAAAGAUCUUGCCCUAUGAGAAAUUGAUAACUUUUGUCAAAAGCAUUGAUGUUGGAAAUGUUAAUGAUUUCAAAGAUUUUUGCUAUGAUUUAGAUGCAGAUGAAGUUGUGGAAGGGUCAUAUAGAGAGCUACAACCAUUUCUGUUGCAGCUUGCUGAUAUGUAUGUUUGCUUAGAUAAGACCAGUCCAUCCCAGUGUCAUUUUGGAUCUGAACUGUAUCUCUUAAGAGUAGCUCUAGGUGCUGAUGGGGCCCCCUUCGGCAAAGACGAUGAAGCCACUUCUUCGCUUGUAUCAUUCCUCAAUGAAGGUCAGCAAAUUGCAAGUGAAACUGACAACUUUAUUCUUGCAGGAGCAAAUUGUAGUGAAUCUCACCUCUCGAUGCAGCGCUAUGCACGAAAGCUUGUUUCAGAUGUGGGUGACAUAGAGGGUAAGACUUUUUACCUGCCAGUUAGCGAAGCUUCAGCUAAGUUUACUUUCGAGUUAAUCCCCUCUGACAUGAAGUGGGCCUCCACAUUUAGUGGAGAACUAGCAAACUCAGCAUUUUACUUUUCUCCAUUUGGCAAUGUUAACAAUGACAACAAGUCCAUACUUAAUGCCAGUUUGGGUCAAUCUGAACAAUGCCUAUGGAAGCCAUGGGUGUAUGAAGAAAGGCUUCAGGUAGCAACAAAGGUUGAAGCAAAAAGGAAAGAGUUGGGUCAAACAAGACUUGCCGAGUCUACAAAAAGAACUAAGUUGUUGGAUUAUAUAAGAAGUCUAAAGUCCCAGCAAGAAACUACUCCCCUUUUGGGUCCCCUGGUUGACAAGAUUUUUGCUGAGCCUCUGCAUAAUUCAAAUAAUGCAUGUCAGCAAUUACAUGAGCUUAUGCUUGUCCAUGCCAACGACAAAAGUAAGCUCGCACCCAAUUGUACUAAUCCAGUUAGGGAUGUACCCGGAAGUGCUUUGGCCUCCCAUCUUACCACUUUGAAAGAAAUUGGGGCUAGUAGAUUGUAUAAGAAGGUAAAAAAGUGGUGCUCCCAGGACAGAAGGGAUCUCUUUCCUAUCGAUUCACAGGGAAAGAGACAAAAAAGUUCUGCCCCAAUUUUAUGUCUAUUCUAAAGGCAAUUUCGCGUGAGGACGACAGUCCUCAGCAACAGCUCCAAAUUUGCAUGCUCGCAUUCAUUGGCCUUCAGCUAAGAGAUGCUAUCAGCCGGUUUAGCUGUGUCACAAUAACUGAGGGUGUCUUGCAGGAAAUCAAAGACUCUUGCAAGCAAGAAUUCAAAGCCUGCUCUCUCCUGUUAGACUCCGUAACACCAACAAUUUGGACAAUUGGUCAUGCAAUCCCUUAUCACACAGGCCUCCUGUAUAUGAAACUUGGCUUAGGGUUAGGCAUUAAUACUAUGCAAGGGAGGGAGGCUAAACACGUGCGCAUCAGCCAGUAUGCAAAGCAUGCAACCUUGUCAACAAGGUGGAACCUUGUUUUUAGACAUGAUUUCAUUACAACUGCUUGGUUAAGGCAAUAUGACCCUGCAAGUUUUCACUACCACAAGAGCACAGAUGUGUAUGUUCCUAAAAAGAUUGAGCAACCAAAUGUUUGCUACUGUGGCUUAGACAAGGAAUGCAGUGCUGAAAAAUGUUCACUGUGUUCAUCUGAGAUUUACAAGAGUGUAGAAAGGAGUGCUGAAACAGGGGCUUUAGACCCAUAUAUUUACAAUCUUCUUAGUGUCACAAGCUGGACAGAAAGGUACAAUGACAAACCCAACAACAGUUUGGGACAUUUACAGUCAAACACCUAACCAAGGCCACCAACCAAAAGUCUUUACAAACUUCCUGACCAUAAAAU